UUUUCCACUAUGAGUAAAGUAUAUAAAUCUACGUUUGAGUUUGGCUUAUCACUCAUCUCAAUCCAUUAACAUAUGUAGGCAUGGCUGAAUCUGACAAGGAAAUAGGAGGUAAGAAUGAAUUGACAAGUCCAAAUGGGUGCAGAGAGCUGGAGAGGCUCCUUCCAAUAGCGAACGUGAGCAGGAUCAUGAAGAAGGCGUUACCAGGCAACGCCAAGAUCUCAAAGGAAGCCAAGGAAACGAUGCAAGAGUGUUUAUCUGAGUUCAUCAGCUUCAUCACAGCAGAGGCGUCUGAUAAGUGCCAGAACGAGAAGAGGAAGACAAUCAACGGUGAUGAUCUUGUGUGGGCCAUGACCACUCUGGGUUUUGAAGACUACGUGCAGGCUCUCAAGGGUUACCUUCACAAGUACAGGGACAUGGAGGGAGAGAAGACUAAUUAUUCUUUCAUUGGGAGGCAGCAGCAGAAUCAGCAGGGUGAUGAUGAUGCUGUUGGUAGUGGGGUGUCAAUGCCAUCAUCAUCCACUAGCUAUCACCAUCAAGGGGUUAUGUAUGCAUCUGGAAAUGUUUGGAAGAGCUAGUUAGAUAGGUGGCAAGUUAAUUUUUUAAUGCUUCUUUCAUGUUCUCAUAGUUAUGUUUGAUUUUGGAAUCAAUACAUGCAUCUCUUUGUCUUC